AACACAAAAUAAAUAAAUACUCUUAUUCCCUUUACCUUAUCCAAUCUCUCUGCUCCUCCCACUGACUCUUCAAUUUCAAUCUCCUUCCUUCUGCUUUGCCUUUUCAUGGUCAUGGACACCUCUCUCUCCCACCACCAGGGAUCCCUCCCUUUCCUUCCUUCGCGCCGCUAUUCCCCAAGAACCGGCGGCGUCUGCGCUCUUCUCCCGUGGCGUCGUAAGCUCCGGUACGAUUCGAUGGUGGUCGUUGCUGCGUCUUCCGCGGGAGCUGGAGCUGGAGCUAGCCUCGACGCGCCUCUCGUCCCCCGCUCCGCUCAGGGGAAGUUCCUAAGCUGCGUCUUGACGAAAAAGCGGCCGCUUUUUCACUUCGCCGUCGCUGAUUUGCUCAAGCAGCUCGCCCAAGACAAGGAAGCUGCUUUAUCUCGCAUGUUCCUCAGUUCUGGAUCCGAUGAAGCUUCUCUUCACAGAAGGAUAGCUCAACUCAAGGAGAGUAACUGCCAAACCGCGGUUGAAGACAUAAUGUACAUGUUGAUCUUGUACAAAUUCUCAGAGAUCAGAGUGCCUCUCCUCCCAAAGCUCUCCACUUGCAUCUACAACGGAAGACUCGAGAUCUGGCCUUCUAAAGACUGGGAGCUCGAAUCAAUCCACACCCGCGACGUUCUCGAGCUCAUCAAGGAACACAGCAACGCAGUCAUCAGUUUGAGAGUGGAUUCGACUCUGACCGACGAUCUGGAGACGACCGAGAUCGAUAAGCAUCAUCUCAGCAGAGUGUACACGGCUUCGAUCUUGUACGGUUACUUUCUGAAGUCCGCUUCACUCAGGCACCAGCUCGAAUGUUCGUUAUCAGAAGGCAUCACGAAGCAGCUGAGACAUUACAUCUCCGGGUUCGAUUCCAAGAUACUGCAGAGAUGCGCAAAGCCGAGGUCGCGUGAGGCGAAGAACCUGAUAGAGAAGCAGAGCUUAGCUCUUUUCGGUCCUGAGGAGGGGAAGGACGAAGAGAGCGUCAUCGUGACGUCGUUUUCGAGCUUGAAGAGGCUGCUUCUGGAGGCUGUGGCGUUUGGUACGUUUCUGUGGGACACGGAGGAGUAUGUAGACGGCGCGUUUAAGCUCAAGGAGAAUGAGAAUGCAGAAGAGAAUAGCAGUGUCUGAAAUGAACCAGUUUGGUAUCUUUUUUUGUGUGCACACUCCAUAUAUAUAUAGAGAGGGAGCGAGGAAAGGUUUCUACAGGGCUAUGAAAACUAUUUGUUUUUUGUCUAUAGUUUGCGUGAUUAUAUGUAUAGUGUGUUGUUUAUAUAGAGAAGACAGUUUGGUUUC